AUGACCUUCGAGAUUCCUUCCGUCUCCGAACUAAAGCAUGCCGCCGAGGACGGUCAGCGCAUCACCGCUGCCGAUGUCUCGUCUAUUUCCCAGGCCGAAAGUGAGCUGACAGGGCGCGGCCCGGUCCGUGGAGGUCCAGCUGCCACGGCACAAAGUAUCGCGAUGAGACAAAUGAAUUUUGAUAGCAAGCUGGACGAGGUUUCGCGUAAACCUUCUACUCAGAUUUCACAGAGAGAUGCAAAGGAAAUACAAUCGUCAGAGGGACGAGCCUUCCACCGCGCACCUGGCUUUGGAUCUGUAGCCUUGCAGGUUCGCUCGAUUGCCAACCAAAAUGAAGUCCGAGAUGUACCUCCUAUCAUGUCGGAUGUGCCAGUAUAUGUGACCAAGGACGAUGCACGAGAGGCACAACGGGCGGAAUCGCUGUUCUACGGCGGUGCGAUCCCGAGAGGUGGGAUGGCGUCGCAGAUGCAGAGUGCGGCGGAUAAAGUGGAACAGGCGCGACGGGGUAUUAUUUAG